ACACUGGCUCAAUUGAUACUAAAAUAUUUGCAUUAUCAAAAGACAGCAUCUUGACAAGUAAAAUGUCAGUUUUUGUUUGAACUAGUCGUCCGAUUUCUGUGAUUGCUUUGUAUGAUCGAGAGUACGAUGAUCGAUACCAUGGUUACCGCUGUUCCCGAUACCGUAUACAAGAUACCCCGGGAAGUUAUUCUAUCGUACAACAGCAAAAAAAGAGUAGGGAACUAUCUGAUCGGGAAGAGUAUUGGAGAAGGGGCGUUCGCCAAAGUCAAGGAAGGGCUUCACGUUAUAACGGGAGAAAAGGUAGCGAUAAAAAUUAUCGACAAGACGAAAGCUAAACAAGACAGCUACCUGUGGAAAAACUUGAAGAGAGAAGUAAAACUACUGCAAUGCAUGAGGCACCCUAAUGUGGUGAGUCUGUACGAGAGUCUCGAAACAGAGAUUGCUUAUUAUCUGGUCUUGGAGCUGAUCAGAGGGGGUGAGAUGAAGGACUAUAUCUCCAAAUCUGAUCGUCUCUCCGAGAAAGAAACCAAAAAGUUCAUGCGCCAACUCCUGAGCGCAGUGUGGCACAUCCACAGCGCUGGGGUAGUCCACAGGGACCUGAAAGUGGAGAACAUAAUGCUAAGCAGAUCAGGGGACAUCAAGAUCAUAGACUUCGGACUGAGCAACUGUUUAAAGUCGUUAGAGAGUAAGGGAGGACGAGGUACACAGUGUGGUUCACCUGCUUAUGCAGCUCCAGAGCUGCUGGCCAACAAGGGAUACGACAAACGAGUAGAUAUUUGGGCCAUAGGAAUCAACAUGUUUGCCAUGUUGGUUGGGAAACUCCCCUUCAAAGUGAAACCCUUCAACCUGAAAAAGUUGUAUCAAAAGAUGAUCACUGGAGACAUGGAACUAUUGCCCCCUGGUACCUCUCAAGAAGCAAGAGAUUUGCUGCAACGUCUGCUACAACCCGACCCCAAGGAUCGUAUAGAAAUCAAGGAAUGUGCAUCUCACCAGUGGUUGGCGGAGGGACCUAUUUCUUUCAUUAGCUCUCCCAACUUCCCCGUCACUGAGGAACUCAAUCAAGAGGUGAUCUCGUAUAUGGAGGAGUUCCACAACGUAAACGUUCACUCUCUAGUUCUGGAUUUGCUCACUCACAACAUCAAUCCCAAUACCGCUACUUACCAUCACAUGGCUAAGAAAUUCGACAGGUAUCUGAGAGAACAAGAAAGGGGUUCUAAAUCCUCGCUUAAUGCUAUGGAUGACUCUCUCCUAACUACACCCUCCAAGAAAGAAAUCACCUCAACACGCCGUGGCUCAAAAACAAAAGUUUUGAAACGUCGUCCCAAAACUGCUGGUACGGCUGUAAAACGCUCAGAGUCACAAAAUGACCAUACGACCCAUUCCUCUGGAAUAAAACCGAGGAGGAACUCUGUUGGCAACAUCGUGAAGAAAACCAGCGAAAAGAAACAAAGUACCUCAACCCCCACUUCUAAAGAAGCGUUCAGAGGUAGUAAUGGCCUGGGAGUUGGGAAAGCUGACACAGGAUCCCCAACCAGCAGUGAAGAUACCACCAGCAAGAACACACCCGAAGACUCUGGCUUCUCCGGGUCUCGGAAAAUGAGCAUGGUUUCGUCGACAGGAUCCGCAGUGCCGAGCAAAUCGAAUCUAAGUUACAAAGCGGGCGGGACAAGUUUAGGUUCAAGUUACCAGAGACAGUACAAGUACAGGUCAGAUGAUAAUGUGAACACCGUGUACAGUUCAAUACCAGCCAGAACAGACAACAACUCUUCAAGGAGCAGGGAUGGUAAGGCCAACUGGAGACAAACCCCCCUCAUUAAAACCAAGUAUGUCAGUAACACCGUGUCAGCUCGAGCCAGCCCAGUGUCCCUAGCACGAGUUUCCAACAAAACCGUCCACUUCCAGACAAACAAACGAACAGACAAACGUUCAGACACGCCCAGCAUGCUGUCUGAGAACAGUCUGGCAGUGGCAAACACUCGGCCUGUCUCCCGGGCAACUAACGGCUACACUGUAACGUACGGCACUUCAGCCGGGAUACAGUGGCCUCCGAUAAAGGACAGUUCAGCUAAGUCAGAGCGGGGAUAUGCCAUGAAGUCUCCCUUGCCAGGAGGACAUGCUGCCUCGUUGCUGGGGCAACACGACGCUGUCAACAAACAGUCCAUGAGUUAUCGGUGGAGGUCUGAGUUACAGAGGGCAAAGAUUGCCAUUAACAAGAACACCACCCACAUCUUGAAGAGAAACAUUUCCUUUCCAGCUGAGGCAGCAUAUCGGCCCCAAACUGGCUCAGCGUACAGGACUUAUUCAUACAGGUAGUAAUAGUCUCAAAUAGCUGAACUUUGAUCUUUUGUGUAAUUUUGUUUUGAAUAGUAGAAGUGCAUGAUAUAAUUUGUGUUCUUGAGUUUUGUAUUUUGAUUAUUACUUUAUUAUUAAGACUUUUCUGACGACAAUUUCGAUUAAGAUGCAACUGUUUCACUUUUGAAUUUGCCGAUGUCAGCCGAUGCUUAAGGUGGCUAAGUGGAAUAUAAAGUGUCCGUCAGUAUUCACCGCUCCACAAUAAGCUCCGUAGAAAAGCUUUCGUGGUAUUGUCAGGACAUCUUUCUUCUACCGUCAUUGAUGUACGAUUCAUAUGAUUUAUUCUCGGUACUUUCUCUGAUUUUUAACAAAAUAAAAUGCGAUAUCUAAGCGAAUUCAGCUCG